AUGGAGAGAAAGCCCAGUCGCCGAAAAUCGAGAAUUUUUGAGACCCCAGAACGGAAUGAAUCGGACACUGGCUCUCAAAAUGCGCCUGCCAGAAGAACAACAAAAUAUUGGCCUUGCGGCAUUGUGAUUUGUCCGCUGAUUUUAUGCAUUCUCAGUGCAUUGUUAUUCCUCCAACAGUUCACCACACCAGAUCCAUUGCGCUCCGUACUAUCCUCCCCUAAAGUUCACCAUGGCGAAACGCUACAUUCCCAAGUACACAACCCUGACUUAGCUCGCCCGAGUAUAGAGCUUCAUCCAGAGGACCACAUAUAUCGGGGAGCAGUGACACAACACCUUGACUGGGUGGUCGCUGAGGAUUAUCUUCGACCAGAUGGGGUGUUGAAGCAGGUCUACCUUGUCAACGGUAUCUUCCCGGGUCCGACUAUUGAGGCCUGUUCUGGCGAUACCCUUUUAAUCAAUGUCACAAAUGCACUACAAGGUGAACCAAUCUCUAUCCACUGGCAUGGGCUUCACGUCCAUAAUACAAUGGAUGGUGUUCCCGGAGUGACACAGAAUGCCAUCCCACCUGGAUCGACCUUCAUGUACAACCUGACUAUUCCCCAAGACCAAAGUGGCACCUUUUGGUACCAUGGCCAUACCGGAACCUCGAGGGCGGAUGGCCUAUACGGCGGCUUUGUUGUGCAUGCGCCUUCUUCCCGGCCUACCGUUCGCGGACUCAUGGCCCGUGACAGCGCCGAGUCCCUGCAGUACGGGUACGAAAGAGAGUUCCUACUGUUGAUCGGGGAUUGGUACCAUCAGCCUGGUGCUCAGGUCUUAGCCUGGUACAUGAGCAUCGCAUCUUUCGGAAAUGAGGAAGCUUCGACUGCUCUAUGGCCGUGCCUGCUAGACCCGUGGAUUGCAUUGAACAACAGGCCAACCUCUCGUACCUAUCAGACAUAG